UGGGAGCUGAGCAGGUUACUUAGUGCCCGGCUGCGUGGCGGGCGAGGAGGCCGGUGGGCGCCGGUGGGCGCCGGUGGGCGACAUGGCAUUCAACAACCGCGCAAGUUCAGACCCACGGAAGAAAAGAGCGGCAAAGAUUGAACUGACUGAAACUCAGAAACAAGACAUUAAAGAGGCCUUUGAUCUAUUCGAUAUCGACGGGUCUGGAACCAUAGAUGUAAAAGAGCUGAAGAUUGCAAUGCAUGCCUUGGGAUUUCAACCAAAGAAAGAAGAAGUUAGAAAACUAAUAGCUGAAAUCGACAAAGAAAGAACUGGCAGCAUUAAUUUUGAAGAUUUUUUUGCCAUAAUGAGUGUGAAAAUGAGUGAAAAAGAUGAGAAGGAAGAACUGCUGAAGUCUUUCAAAUUAUUCGAUGACGAUGACACUGGGGGCAUAACAUUAAACAACAUCAAGAGGGUGGCUCAGGAGCUCGGGGAAAACUUAACAGAUGACGAACUUCAGGAAAUGCUGGAUGCAGCUGACCGUGAUGGGGAUGGGGAAAUAAACGAGGAAGAGUUCUUGAGAAUGAUGCAGAAGACCAGUCUUUGUUAAUACUGUUGUUUGUGUUCCUUCUGGAAGUUGGCGGGCGUGUAUUUGUUGUGCAGUUUCACAAUAUCUGAAUAUUCACGGUCAGUGUUCGGUUUCUGGGCCCGAGUGGGUCUCUGGACGUCUAAGCCGCGUGAGAAGUCACGUGCCUCUGCCACUGUGUCGUCACGUCUAUGACCACGAGACUCGCUGGAACCACCCCCUCGGACCAGGAGCGCACCCACGCGCAGAAUCAGUUCCAGCUGCUGCUUUUAGGGCCCAGCUGCAGAGGCUUGUGGUCCUUCCUGGGUUUCGUGGAACGGGCCCCACGUGCAGAGGAAUGUGGCAAACCAGCGCCACUCUCCGUUAUUUUCUCCUUCCCUACGGUCAGCUCUUUAAAAACUGAGGGACGUCUGCUUUUUCAGCACGUAUUCAGAUAUGUAAGGCACUAAAUAAAACUUUACGGCAACU